AUGAGAUCCAAGUCGAGCACUUAUUAUCUGAUGGCUAUUUCAGUGGCUGACACCCUGGUGCUUCUGCUCAUAGUUAUCAUUGAGCUCACCCUGAAGUAUAACAUGGAGGAGCCAUUCUGGAGCCGAGAACCUUGGUGUUCCCUGAGGGACAUAUUCAAUUAUGGAGCCUACAAUGCUUCAACCUGGUUGGUGGUUACUUUCACGAUAGAACGCUUCAUUGCUAUUAACUGCUUCAGCCUCAAAGUAAGAAUUUGCACUCCUAGAUGCGCAGCUAUUGUCAUCAUGGUGGUGUGCGUCUUCAGCCAUCUGUUUGCUGUUCCUUACUACUGGACAAAUAUAUCUCUGUUCAAUGUAACCAAGUAUCCAACGAUCUACAUCUGCGUUUACAAACAAGACUUGUCUGACUACUAUGUCCAUGGCCUGGUAUGGUUUCAGACUUGCUUGGUAUACAUAAUUCCUUUCAUCAUUAUCUUCACUCUCAAUGGACUGACUCUCCGACAGAUCAUCCUAAGCAACAAAGUGCACACCGAAGUAAGCAUUUUUCGAAGAGGUCCACGGCAGUUUAACUCCCAAAAGAGAAAAUCCGUCAUUCUUCUCAUCACUGUUUCCAUGACCUUCGCUCUGCUGUCCGUGACUAGGUUUGUCACUCAGAUCCUGAUUCGCACCAUGCACUAUGAGAUUAACAGGAACGACUACAACAAACCAGUGAAUGUUGCUGCAGAUCUUGGGACUAUGCUUGAUCUCACAAAUGCUGCCAUCAACAUGUUCCUCUACGCUUGUACUCAAUCCAGGUUUCGCAAAGAACUUGUGGCUUGCAUCAAACUCAUCAUCUCCCCGUGUAAAAACUACCAGCCAGCCAAUUAUCCAUCGAUUGUGUUCCAAUUAUGA